AUGGAGAGUGAAAAUGUGGUACGAUUUUUAUUUGAAUUAGCACGUGAAAAAGAACCAUGUAUUGUGUUUAUUGAUGAAAUUGAUGCACUGUUUAUGACGGCGUCCAUUCAUAAUAAAUCUGUUCAACAAAUGAAAAUAGAAUUUCUUGAACAGAUGGAGAGAAUGGAUUGUCAUCUUUCACGUAUGCAUUUUGAGAAACUUAUUUAUAUACUUCUACCUGAUUUACAAGCGCAUUUAAAUUUGUUUAAAUUCUACAUUCAACCAGAUACACGUCAUACAAUUGAAGAUAAUGAUUGGAAAAUAUUAGCGGAAAAAUCAGAGAGUUAUUUCGGAGCAGAUAUUAAUCUGUUAGUUCGGGAAGUCGGAUAUGAUGGCCGUGUUAUCGAUGCAGAAACCCAGUGUUUCGAAGCAAGAAUUAAAACAGUUUAA